GGUUCUCAGGGUUCUCACCAAAAUCAGAAAGCCGGUUCUCAGCAGUCAUAUCCAAUGAACACUAAUAUUAGUCAGUCAGGUUCACGUUCGAAUAGUCAAAUGGAUGACUGUGUUGAACGUGUAAAUCAGGCUACAGAACGGUGGGAGGAGGAUGAGCCUCUUGGUGAUCGUGCUACGAAGGCUGCUGUUUUAUAUGCGAAUAUUAAUCAUCCUGAGUUAAAGCAAGAUCAUCCACUUUGGAAUGAUCGGGUCAAACACAUACAUAGAAUUUGGAGAUUAUUGGAUGCAAACAUCAGGCAAGAGUAUGUCAACAAAGCCCGGGAGAAUAGAGCGAAUCGCGCCAGACCGAAGAAGAAAGUUCCGUCAAACGCAGUGCGUUCUGGAUCUAAUGGCGAUACUGGUCCUUCAUCAUCGCGUCCUACUGGGUAUUAUUAUUCAGGACAGGAGGGAGACGCAAACGCAGGUCCUCCUUUGGCGCCUUGUAGCGCAGCUCCUCAAAAUCUGCAACCUUCCGUUGUGCACUUAAGUAAGGAGGUCUUCGAUAACUAUAAUAUGCUGCAGCGGCGUAGCAAUGAACUUAAAAAGUAUCAACAGGCUAUUGAAACUGAUUUGUUGCGCAUGCGAAAGCAGAAGAAGAAUUUAAUUGCGAAGCGUCGACAGCUGAACAAAAAUAAUCAGCAGGUUGAUGCACAUGGUGAAAGGAUCGAAGUUGACCUCAAUGAGAAUGACAAAAAGUCUUUGCAAACGCUGGCAAGUACUAUUGUAAUAAGGCAGAAAGAUCUAGAAAGUUGCAAACGAGAUAUUAAACAACACUCAUCAAAUAUUCGUGAUUUUGAAAUGCAACACAACAUUCCUCACAAUAUGUACAUCCAAAACGAGCAGCUAGUACAAGGUUCUGAAAUGCAUAUGAAUAUCAUCAGGACUCCGGUGGGUCAACACCCGGCUCAAAUAAGCACUUCAGUCACUCAAGAUGGACUUCGGCCGCCACCUCCCUAUGCUUCAGUACCACCAGCAAAUGGAGGGUAUCUCGUUCGACCCCCUUUUCCCCAUUAUCAAAACGUUAAUGUAACUAUGCAACAACCUCAGUACAUGAACGUCAAGAUGGAAAAUGGCCAACAAUUGACUUCACCCAAUUUUUCUCCUCAACCGAAUAGUAAUUCUACUGGGUCAGGAGAUUGGCAAGUUCGUAGUAGAGGCAGUAAUAAAAAGAGGAAACGUGACGACGACUCAUCUGAAUGUUCGAGGCCUCGUGUCUUGGGAGGUGUUAGUGAAAGCAGCUUGACCACACCUGAAGAGAAAGAACUUUUUGAUGUGCUUCACAAUAUUAUUUCCCAAGUGGUCAUCAUGGUUGAAGGUGCAGAGGGUUGUCGUAAAACUGGAAUGCUUAAGAAACUGCUGGAGUCUCAGCCCGGGAGUGGUGCUGCAGUCCAGAAGUCUCCGCACCGGGGACCUGAAUCGCAAGAUGGUUCUGUGGGUGAUUUGACCAUAAGAAAUCUUGAGGCACCGAAACCAAAAAAGAAGCGGACACAAGUAAAGAAAAUGUCAGUGGGAGCAAACAAUGAGUAUGAACUGCUGCUUACAAGAAUAAACGCUCAGCUUCGACUCUGCAGUCCACUACCAAGGAGCGCUCUUGAACCGUUGCCAAGAAAUGACCGGUCCUCAUUUACGACUCUCGGUGUAAGUGACCUACCAGAUCGGAAAGAUAAGAUGCCUAUAGUGGGUGAAAAGAUCGGUGCAAUGAAGCUUGUUUUUAUGGAUGAUUACUAUGCCAGUAUUUUCAAAUGCCCGUUUAAAAAAGAGGAUGUUUACACUUUGAUGAGCGAUUUUUGCAAAGACAUAAACACAAAAGCAUUGAUGAAUUACGAUUCCCAAAAUUAUGCAUGGCGUGAAGAAUAUGAUAUUGAUUCUCACGGAACUAGGAUGGAGUCAUUGUUGGCACCUCAACGGUCAAGGUCGCCUCGGCUUCGUGGGGUUGCUCGGAUCCCUGAUGCAGUUGCUCCAAUAUCGCCUCACAGAUCAGCUUUCUUCAAAAAACUGGAAAUGGAUCAUGAAGAAUGUUCAGUUAACCUAAUUAUUGAGGGAGUAGACUCAUCGGUUUGUUUUGAUCAGUUGAUGGCCUUAUUGAACGUGAAAAAUAAACCCGAGUUUCAACUUGACACUCCUCCUCGGACGCCAGAGCUUAGUCAGUCAUCUACAGUUGAAAAUAUAAAGUCUGAGCCAGAAGAAAACCUUUUUACUUGUCGUUACUGUGGAGCACUUACGAAAGAAGCAGCUAUUAAACGUUCUUCAGGCCAACUAGGCAUUACUCCGAACAACGAGAAUGAUGAAGAGGUGGCAUUUUGCUCUUUGCUUUGUUACUUCAAUUUUGCAGCUAAUGCAAAAGUGGCUCUUUCAAAUGACGAUCUUACGAAAGCUGAGAAAUACGUUGAUGGAGAAACCUUGGCUAGACUGAGACAAAUAAGUGCUGAACACUUCGCAAAAUGUCUUCAUCUUGGAAAAGUGAAACCUGAGUCAGCUAAUAGCUCUCACGCAAGCAACGAGGCCUCUACUUCAGUAAUUGAUUCUCGAUUUGCAGCUACUGAAGCAGAAAAAAAUCAGCUUGAGGUGGUUUAUGUUCGGGAUCUUGCUUCGUUGAAUGAAAACACUCCGCAAAAAACUACCGAGAAAAAAUGGAAAAGCGUUUUAUGGAUGCAAUGCGACGCUUCCCUCGUUGAAAGUUUUGAACGUUUAACCAACCAGGUUUUGCAGAAACAGUUAGUGGCGCAACUUCAUGCAAUGGACCGUCCAUCAGGGACAGUUUAUCCAGACGACACUAGACGUUGUGAACUUUGUGCAGGACUGGGUGAUGGAGAAGUGGACGUUUGUGGUCGACUUAUAAAUGUUGAUGCUAACGUUUGGGUUCAUGUAAAUUGCGCCAUUUGGUCGCAAGAAGUUUAUGAGAGUAGCUCCGGAGCUUUAAAAAAUGUUGAAGAGGCACUGCGACGUGCUUCUGUAGUAAACUGUGUGCUCUGCGGUGGACCAGGAGCGUCAGUUCGUUGUUACAAGUUGAAUUGUGAGACGCAUUUUCACUUACCAUGCGCCAAGAAGACGAAGGGGAGAUUUAUGAAAGACAAGACAUUCUUCUGUGAAAAUCAUGAUGAUGUACGAACUGAAAUGGCCUUGGAGCGACUAGGUGCAUUCAGAAGGUUAUAUGUUGAGCGAGAAGAAAACCAGGUGAUUGCAAAACUCUUCCAGCAUUGCGACAGUGAGAAAUUAGUACUUCGCGUUGGCUCUUUACUGUUUCAUAACCUUGGGCAGCUGUUACCAGACCAGUUAAAGAAGUUCCAUAAUGCAGACUUUAUAUUCCCAGUUGGCUACACUGUUACACGCUUUUUUUGGUCUCCUGUCAAUGCGUGCAAGAAAAUAAGGUACAAGUGUUCAAUUAGGGAGAACAAAGAUUCCAAUGCCGUGUUUGUUGUUUCUUACGAAACAGGUGGCAAGCUCAGUGAAUGCAAGUAUGAAGGACCAAACGCUUCUGCUCCAUGGGACCCAAUUCUAAAGUCAGCAGAAACGGCUAGGGACAAGACAGGUUUGAUGCUCAGGCUUUUCCCGUCUCACGCUUCUGGCGAAACACUUUUUGGAUUAAACGAAUCAGGGAUCUCGAAAAUGAUUGAGUCGUUGCCGGGCGUUGAUCAAUUAGCUACUUAUACUUUUAAACAUGGCGGGAGUCCAUUAAUGGACCUUCCGUUGGCUGUCAAUCCUAGUGGUUGUGCACGAUGCGAACCUCGAUUCCGAACACUUAUAAAGAACAAAAAUAAACCAUUACACAGAUCUCCUACAGCGAUGGCGCGCCGUCUUGCCACAGAUACUGAAACCACUAGAGAAUCUCGGACUCGGGGGGCGCGGGCUUCUUUGCUAGAGUCAAAUGCGCAACCAUCUUGGUUUUCUGGAAUACCGACUGAUUAUGUUGCUUCACCAUACUCUCGUUUUGAGCCAGGACAGUUGCAGAAUAGUACAAUUUACUCACAAUAUCAAAAGAUGAAAAAAGAGUGGAAGAAUAACGUUUAUUUAGCUCGUUCAAGGAUCCAGGGAUUGGGUUUGUAUGCGUCAAAGAAUAUCGAAAUGAAUUCUAUGAUUAUUGAGUAUAAGGGAGAGCUGAUCCGGAGUGAAGUGAGUGAAAUGCGCGAAAAGAAAUAUGAAGCACAGAAUCGAGGAGUUUACAUGUUUCGUAUUGAUGAGGAAAGAGUAAUAGACGCCACUAUGGCAGGAGGCCCUGCUAGAUAUAUCAACCAUUCUUGUGAUCCGAACUGUUCAACUUGUUUGGUAACUUCUGGUACUACGGCUGAUGAUAAAAAAAUUAUAAUAAUUGCAAAUAGACCUAUUUCUGCAGGCGAAGAGUUAACAUAUGAUUACCAGUUUGAGCUCGAAGAUGACGAUGUCAAAAUUCCUUGUCUUUGCGGCGCUCCUAAUUGCCGAAAGUGGAUGAAUUAA